AUGCAGCAGAGAUCAUCAAGUAAGUCAAGUAUUGCUGGAUUUUGUGCAGGAAGUGUUCAUAUUCUAUUAUUUCCUCUAGAAAAGAUUAAGCUCCAUAUGAUUGUUUCAGAUGGCAGAAAUAAAAAUUUUAUUCCUUUCUACAAAAACUCUAUCGAAGUUUUUAAAACGAUUCAUAAUGAAGGCUUGAGGUCACUAUAUCGCGGAUGUCAUUUUCAGCUAUCAAUUAGUAUAGCUUGGGCGGUUUACUUUUACAUCUAUGAGACAAUGAAAAAGUUCCAGCCAGCAUCAUUCAGGACGAACAACCCAGAACUUUACAAGUUUACUGUGGCUGCUGAAAGUGCUUUUAUUUCAAAUUUUAUUAUAAAUCCUCUGAUGGUAAUGAAAACCCGUGCAAUUUUAUUGAGAAAUAGUGAAACUUGGUUUAAGGAUACAAUUGAGGCUGGAAUUAAGACAUGAAAAGUAGAUGGAAUCAGAGGAUUUUGGAGAGGGUAUUUAAUAGGCAACAUUUUAAGCUUGAAUGGAGCUUUGACAAUGUAUCUCUAUGAGUUUUUCAAAGAGAAUCUGCAUACAGAAAGUGAUUUUUGGAGAACUUCGAUGGCAGGAGGGCUAAGCAAGCUCGGAGCAUCAACGAUAUUUUUCCCAGUUACCCUAAUAAAAAUUCGGCUACAGCAAGAACAGUACACAGAAACAAUACUUAAAAAAUCAAAAGAAAUUGGAAAAUUUAAUAAAGCUUAUAUGGUUUAUGAAGGUCUCAAGCACUGCAUUGGUGAAGUCUGGAAAACUCAAGGCUUGCUUGGCUUCUACAGAGGACUAGGAAUUACUCUAAUUAAGAUCGUCCCAACACAGGCUAUAUUUUUUGUUAUCUAUGAAGCUACAUAUAAAAUGUUAACUUAA